AUGAAUAAAGCACUGCAGCGACCAGCGAAGGAACUCAGUCAGGAAGACAUUGCAGCCAGUUUAGUUCAGAUCGAGGACUAUGAAUUCCCCUUUGAAAACCUGAUAUUUGAAGGCGGGGGGAACAAAGGAACGUCUUACGUUGGCUGCUUACAGUGUUUAGAAGACAUUGGACUCGUAUCACAAAUAAAGAGAUUCGCUGGAAGCAGUAUAGGAUCCAUCACCGCUGCUUUGAUUGCUCUGGGUUAUACUUCCUCAGAAAUUGAUGGAUACAUGUCAAAGAACAAGGAAGAUAUGAUUUUUGAUCAUUCCUUUGGCUAUCUGAGUCUGCUCCCAAAUUUAUUGAAGGAUUUUGGUUGGAAUCCGGGCAACGGAAUCUACAAAUGGUUUGGAGACAUGAUACAAAGAAAGUCGGCUGUAGGAAAUCCAGAUAUGACAUUUCUUGAUCUGUACAAGGAAAGAAAGAAAGAGUUGUGUGUCGUUGUGACAAAUGUCAAUCAAAUGAGAGAGGAAUAUUGUCACAUUAAGACCACGCCCAAUAUGCCAAUACGAGAUGCUCUCCGUAUGUCUAUGGCCAUUCCAGGUUGGUAUCUCUCAAUGUCACCUGACGAUACGUUUCUCCAAAAGAUGGCGCCACUUAGCAAUCUUCAUAAUAUCAUGCUAGAACGUUUUCGAGAGAAAAAUUUGAAAAGUCUGGGAUUUCUGCUAUAUGAUGAUUCUGAGCUCGAGGUGAUUCGUUUUAAAUUAGAGAAGAGAGUUGGAGCUACUGAGCCUCAGAAGCCAAGAGUGGAAACUAAACUGUACAAACAAUGGCUACAUAAGAUGAAACGUUCAACCAACGCCAUGGAAGAACACAGUCGCGUUGUCGAAGCUUUCGAUGCUUUUAUGAAAAGAGAUAUUGAUUAA